GGAUUUGUAGUUCUUUUUUUUGUACUCGACUCUUGGAAAAUAAAACUGGGCUAAAUAAAUGACAUAAUAUUUAGGGGAAAAUACGCAUUAUGGCGUCUUUAGGGAAUCAAUGAAAUAUUGAAGUGUGCAGUAAAAGAUAAACUCAGGACAGCGACAACUUUCCCAGGAUCCCUCGCUUCUUAGCGUUCCGCUUGUUUCAAACAUGGAGGAGAGGGAAAGAAAAAGUGCAAGGCCGGACAGUAAACACUGCGCGGCAGCACCCUCGGGGCCGGAGGCAGACACAGGAGAUGAUGAGGCAAAUGAAUUAAAUGUCUGCUCUGAGAAGUUUGACCCAUUGCUGGCCCUGUACUCCCCGGCAGCGCCGCCGCUUCCCUUCCCCAACAUCAGGUGCUUCAACAAUGUGGCGGAGUACGAGAGCUUCUUGAAGGGCGGCCGGGGCCGAGCAAAGCCAGAGAAUGUGGAGAAAAGGCAGCGGAAAGCGAUGAAAGGGGUGGCAGACCCGGAGCGCAUCGAGAGGCUGAAAAAGCUGAUGGUCAACAACCCGGUGUCAGAGGAAGGGGGCAGCAGCGGAGUGGCACCGCGGACGAGAAGGAGGCAGAAACCGCUGAAAAAUGUCCUGACGAGGAUGUCUUUGUGUCAGGGCAGUCCUCUGGGGGAGCUGCACCGCUGCGUAGAGGAGAGGAUCAGAGUCCGAGUUCACAUCAGGACCUUUAAAGGCCUGAGGGGCGUGUGCUCUGGCUUCGUCGUCGUCUUCGACAAGUUCUGGAACAUGGCCAUGGUGGAUGUAGAUGAGACGUACAGAGAGCCUCUCCUUGGUGAGGCGUUGUACCACGAGAAGGCCCUCACCAUUUCACGGCUCUUUGAGAAGCUAAGUCUCCAGGAAACCCUGGGGGGCGACAAGCUGAGGGAAGACGACGGGGCAGCGGAGCCCAAGCCGUCGGAGGACGUCGGAAGCAAACGAGAUAAAGGCGUCGUCUCGGUGAAGGCCCGGGACUCAGCGGCCCAUCAGAAGAAGACGUAUGGGAAGGUGCAUACGCGCCAUAUCAACCAGCUCUUCAUCCGCGGUGAAAACGUGAUCCUGGUAAACCCACAGCCUCUCUGAUUUCUUUUUGAUUUCCGUGACUCAAUGUGAUCGGAGAACAUCUGCGAGUAUUGGGCUGUACCGAGGACGUGGACGUCGUGGGAUACUCCAAGAAGAUUCAGACGAAUCGAGCACAAAGCUGUUAUAUCAUGUUGAUAUGAUGAGCCAGAGAAAUGGCCAUUUUGUUGAGGAAUAAAAAGCUCCUGAAUUCUG